UUCUGACCUUGAGUGUGUGUGUGUCUCUGGAAACUGACCUUAUUUUGACCCUUCCACUGACCUGAGGGCGUGACGGGCGGGCGUGCGGAGACAUGAAGGACCGAAGGACACGCUGGAGGAAGGAGAAGGAGAGACAGUGAGAAAGAGAACGAAAUGAACGAAUAACGAAAUACAGAAGGGAAAGUUGAUACUGAAAAAAAAAAAACUAAAUAAAAGAAAAACAAAAAUAAAAUCCGGAUGUGAAAAAAAUCCGGAUAAACGAACUAAAAAUCCGGAUAAGCGAACAAAAAUCCGGAUAAACGAACUAAAAAUCCGGAUAAGCGAACAAAAAUCCGGAUAAGCGAACAAAAAUCCGGAUAAGCGAGCAAAAAUCCGGAUAAGCGAACAAAAAUCCGGAUAAGCGAACAAAAAUCCGGAUAAGCGAAGAGAUGGCGGACAAGAUACAACGGACUCUGGCCAUGAUUAAACCGGACGGAAUCGAAAAAUGGCCGCAAAUUGAGAAAAUGAUACUGGAUGAUGGAUUCACUAUUGUUGAUCGUCGCCGUCUGCGUCUAACAAAACAAGAAACUGAGGAAUUUUACUCUGAACAUCAAAACAAGCCCUUUUUCUCUGACCUGGUGGCUUACAUGAUCGGGGAAGUCAUGGCUCUUAUUCUCGCACGCGAGGACGCAGUGACACAGUGGCGGCGGCUUCUGGGCCCCACCAAGGUAACGGAGGCCAGGAGACAGGAACCAGCGUCGAUCCGGGCACUUUUCGGCGAUCCGGCUCGAGAUACUGUCAAUGUCGCGCACGGCUCAGAUUCCCUGGUCUCUGCUGCAAGGGAGGUCAAGUUCUUCUUCCCUGAUUUGACCCUGGAGCCGGUCCUAACUGGAGAGGGCGCCAAGGAAUAUCUAAGCCACGCUGUGUCCCCAACGCUGGUCAAGGCCCUAACUGAACUGUGCAAGGUACGACCAGACGACCCCAUAGUGUGGCUCGCUGACUGGCUGCUGGUACACAACCCAAACAAACCCCAGGUGGGAGACGACUAGGGUUGGCAACACUGCUCCACACUCUCUAAUUGGUUGGCAACACUGCUCCACACUCUUAAAUUGGUUGGCAACACUGCUCCACACUCUCAAAUUGGUUGGCAACACUGCUCUACACUCUCAAAUUGGUU